AUGCUUAAAGAUAUAAAAGAGGAAGUUUUUCUAGAACAGGAUAUUAAGCAUUUGCUGAAUAAUAUUAUUGAUUGUGAUAUUAAAAAGAUCAAAGAAAGACGAAAUAACGAAACAUGUCUUAAGGCAAGCGCCAAAGAUGUAGAUUCUCAAAAAACAGAUGACGAACUACAUGAACUAUUCGUUUACGAAUUUAAACUCACACAUACUGAGAUCUACACUAUGGAAAUUCCUUUACCGAAAACAUGGAAAGAUAUGGUAAAAGCUCAUGAGACCGUGAUUGGCUUAUUGAACUAUGAG